AUGGGAGCUGGAGUUCUUGCAAGGCUUCUUCGGGCUGCUUUGCAACAUCUCCCGGUCCCAGAACGGCACGGGGAUCCUGCACCAGGUCCGCGCCCUGCCAUACGAGCAGCGGGAGCGCAUCAUCGAGUACCUGGCGCCCGGAGUGGAGAAGUCGUGGCACCGCUGGAGAUGCCACCAUGGCCACCGUUCUGGGCGAACUGCAGGGCGCCGAAGCUCUUCCCGGUCUUGCUGACCGGGGAGAAGCGCAAGGAGCCUGCGAUGGUGGUGGACCUGCCCAGCGGCAUGGGCGGUGGCCCGGAGCUGGACUUGCUGGAGCUCCGGCUCCUCAACCUCCAAGGCGUCGCGGAUUUGACGGUGGCCGCGGAGUCAGGGUACAACUUCAGGGGCGACCGCAAGCCUCGACUGCUGCGGCGGAACCUGCAGCGCUUCCAAGGAAUCGCCUCUUUGCUCUACCUGGACCUGGACAACUGCACUCACUUCGCCAAGCGGGUGCAGUUGGUGCGAAGCAAGCGGAACCAGGCCCAGAACCUUUGGGACAUCCAAGAUGCCCAAAGGGCCUGCCUCUGGAAGACGCUGCGGAACCUCUCCCUGCCAGACUCCGCCUUGGUGGUCUUUACCGACCUGGACGAAAUCCCCUCGAGGGAGACCAUACAGACCCUGACGAAGCAUUGCGAGAUCCGCAGCGACCGCAAGCAGGUCUUCCAGAUCCAGCAGCACACUUUGACGCGGAGCCUGCGCCAGGCGUCGCUGACUGGGCCCAGCUGCAUGCAGUCCCCAUGGCUGCAGGGUGUGGUGACCACCUUCCGCUGGGCCCAAGGCCACAAUGUGAGCUUGCGUAUGCGGGCCAAGGCGGACCUGAUGGGAGGCGCCACCCACUUCUCGCACUUUGGCACCGCCGCCGCGAUCUUCUGGAAGGGCCUUUCGCACGGCGAGGGCGGCAGCCUGAGCCUGCCGCUGGAGCGGUACAACUUCUGCGACCUCGCGGGGUCGCCUUCGCAGGUCUCGGGCCUUGUGGCGCGGCUCCGAGAUGACCCCGUGUCGAUCCUGCGCUGGUGGAUGAGAACCGCAGCCGGCCCUUGCCCAAGAACAUCUCGAUGGACCAGCUGA